AUGUCUGGUGGGGGCUGCUUGCGGGGCUUUCCUGGUUGGAUUACGAGGAGUUCCGACUUCUGCGGCGCGCAGCUGAGUCCUCAGGACUUCGCGUACUCGUGCACUCUUGCCUGCGUUAUCGCCAUAAUGGAGUACAACUCUGUCUAUUACAACGAUCCAGCUGCGUACGGGCAGGCGUACAACCCGGCAGAUUACGCGCAGAUGCCGUACGGACAGACUCCGUACGGACAGGCUCUAUCCGGACAGACCCCGUAUGGACAGGCUCCAUACGGACAGGCUCCAUCCGGACAGGCUCCCUACGGACAGGAUCCCUACGGACAGGCUCCAUCUGGGCAGGCUCCGUACGGACAGGAUCCCUACGGACAGGCUCCAUACGGACAGGAUCCGUACGGACAGACUCCAUACGGACAGACUCCGUAUGGCCAGACGCCAUACGGUCCGGGAGACUUCGGACAGGCGGGUCCCGCCGGCUACGUGCCAGUACCUGCUCAAACUCAGGCGGCCCAGCCAUCAGGGGGCGGCGUGUGGCUGACCACAACGGUGAUGUGCUUCACCAUGUUGCUCCUGAUCGGCAUUAUACUCAGUACACUGGCAUACCUGGCAACCAACGAAGAAGCACUUUCGACCGCGGAAGAGGUUGAAUUCCCGGUCGUCAGCGGUUCUUCGCCUGCCGGAGAGGAUGUUCCAGUGCCUCUUGCCGAGCCGCCGACCACAUCAACAAUGCCGACGCCUGUUGUCACUACGAAGCCCCCAACUGCACCCAUGAUGCGUCCCACAGUGCCUACUGCACCCCCUGCCGAGCCUCCCAUAGAACCCACGAUGCGCGCCACAGCGCCCACGAUGCCUCCCCCAGGGUCUACGAUGUCCCCCAGAGCGCCUAGGAUGACUCCCACGGCGCUCACAAUUCGUCCCACAGUGCCUAUAGAGCCACCUGCCGAGCCCCCCGAAGAGCCCACGAUGCCCCCCACAGCGCCCACAGUGGCCCAUACCAAGCCUUCCGUUAGUGUGUUCAUACCCGAUGAAGCAACCGACAAGCAGCCCAUGCUGUGUACCAUGAGCGAUAGAAUUACCUCGAGUCUGCAGUUCCCGCCAGACGCGCUGUGCGACUACAUCUUCUUCGACUCACUGUACAAGGGAGGCCGCAACUUGCUGACCGACGCGGCAACCUACAGCAAUAGCCUCGGAACGUUUCUGAUAGAACACCGUGCCUACCGACGUACAACCCUUGGCGUCGGUUUCGCAUUCAAGUGA